AUAAGCAUGAAGGUAUAAUUCCAUACUAAAAUUCAGACGCGCGCUUGCGCGCGCACGUUAAAUCUAGUCAUAUAUAAAACACAACACAAAAGCAUUCUUUGAGGUUAAGUUUAGUUGGAUCCAUCUGAAAAUAAUUUAUUAAAAUUUAUUUUUAUUUUAAAACAAUAUACAGAAAUUAUUUCACCGGUAGAGAAAUUUUUUUUAUGUUUUAAAUUAUUUAACGGAAUUCUUCAAGGUAAAAUUUUUAGAGGUAUGAAAUAUUGACAGGAGUAUUUCGGAGCAAACAUCACGUGUGUAGAGUAAUCUUUACAAUUUAAUUUAUUUAUUAAACCAUGGCCAAACAUCAUGCUGAUUUAAUUUUUUGUCGCAAGCAACCGGGUGUUGCUAUCGGUCGUUUAUGCGAAAAAUGUGAUGGAAAGUGUGUGAUCUGCGAUAGUUAUGUCCGACCAUGCACGUUGGUCAGAGUUUGCGAUGAAUGCAAUUAUGGUUCGUACCAAGGACGUUGCGUGAUUUGUGGUGGCCCAGGUGUAUCAGACGCCUAUUACUGUAAGGAGUGCACUAUUCAGGAAAAAGAUAGAGACGGAUGUCCCAAAAUUGUCAACUUGGGUAGCUCUAAGACCGAUUUGUUCUACGAAAGGAAAAAAUAUGGAUUUAAAAAACGUUAAAUUUAGUAAAUUAUUGAUAAGAAUUUUUUCAAUUUUUUAUAA